ACGGUAUUUCGUGCGAAGUGGUUGGUGGAUUUCUUACGUACACCUCUCGUCGAUUUUCAAGAAGUUUUUGUGAAGUGUUUGUGUUGUUUUAUUUAUUUUUUUUGUUUCCUCUCCUAUCUCUCCCCCUAUUAUGAAACUAAUAAUAGAAUUUAUACAUUUUUUCCCCAUAUUGCACACGAUUUUAAGGAGGAUAAGCGUGAACAAUUUUCAAUCAUAAAUAAUUAUAUUUUUUUCUGUGUGCUCAAGAGUAAGGCAAAAGAACGUACAAAACGUUAUAGGUACUACUUGAGUUGCUUAAAAAUAAAUUUAGACAUCUCGGGUGGUUUUUGGUUGUUGUUGAGAUAUAAUAGAGAAAUCCCGCCGAAAGGAAAGAAGGAAAAAACAGAAAUUACAUCAAUAUUUGCAACAACAUUGUUGCUCUUCGCAGCUCAUUUACUAAAAACAGGGGUUAUUUACCCCAUUCUUCCGUGUUGAGAAUAUUAAGACGAUGUAAUAUUGUACUUGGUAAUGGUUAAACAUUUUUCAUAUAUAGUUAUGUACAUACAUUGGUGGUUUGUUGUACAUAAUUCCUUGUGCCAUAAUAUAAGACGACGAGGAAUAUAAUGUCUGUUAGAAAAAGAGAUGGAAAAAAGGCGUAUAUAUACAUAAUUUGAAGACGUAGUGAUGCUAUAUAUCAUGCAUAUGGUAAAUAAAUAAAACAAGAAAAGACGAGAAAAUUAAAUUGUGCCAAGAUGCUUGUAUUUGUGGUCUGUGUCUUGCUCUCUCUCGCGCUCACUUCUUUUUUUUCUACUUACUUCUUCAUCUUCUCUUUAGAGAAAAAAAAACUCCGCGCGACGCGAUAUAUAACACAACAAUAUCAAGAAGAGCCUGGGCUUGAACUCUAUGCUCAAAACCAGAGAGAAUUUACCUCAGGCAAUUAUACAACCACACAAGAAUAUAUUGGCCACGAUGUGAACCAAGCAGUGUAUUCCUUUACAUCUAAAGAACUUUUAACUCGCUCUUACACACCCAGCUGUUGCAAAAGUUUUUAAUGCUUCAACGGAGUAUCUUCUUCUAUAGAAUCUCAUUUGUAGAAUAAAUCUAAUAUUAGAAUUUCUUUUCUUUUUUAGAAUAAAUCUAAUAUUAGAAUUUCUUUUCUUUUUUAAAUGAAAUUUAAAGAUUAAUUGGGAGUUAGAUCAUUCAUUUUUAAUGAUCUUUUAUGAAUUUCAAUUAUGCAAACAGCCAGGUUAUUUCAAUCUUCUUUCAUCAUUUAAAUUGGUAAAAACUAACAGAAAUUACAUGCAGCCCAAAUUUAGCUUGAUCCAAUAUUUAAACAUUAAAAAAAAUUAAACCUGACCUAAGAAACUUUGGCCCAGCUUGAUAAGUUAAAGCCAGACUUAGAUUAAAGUUCAUUGCUUAGUCCGUCUAUUUCUUAAUUUUUUAUUUAUAUCAAACUGUUUUAGAUCAGUCUUGAGUUUUUUUUUUUGGGAUAUGCUUUUAAGGUUUUUAGGCUAGUAUAAAUUGAAUUUCGGCCCAAUAUACAUUUUUGGAUUCAGCCCCAAUUCAGCCUAAACUUAAAAAAACUCAAAUUAAUAAUCUUCGGCCUCAUUUUGAAAUUGAAACCUGGUUUAAGAUAUAAGUUUAGCCUAAAAACUUAGGUUUAUUCUUAGUUUAAAAACUUCAGUCAUAAAACUUAAACUUUAUAAGCUUCGCUUAACAAUUUUAGGCCUAGCUUAAUGCUUAAUAAUCUAAUAAUUUUAGGCUUAGAGAACUAAAUUCUGCAAAAUUUUAGAAAUAUUUUUAUUUUAAGAAAAAUAAGCUCGAAAUUUUUGUACCACCUCCACUGUACAUUAUUCAACAAGAAUUCAACAUUCAACACAAUUUGCUUCAGUCUAUAUUUGCCUUCUGUUCGACUUACUUCCUUCAAGUCGCACACACUGCGUCUUCAAUAGUGCCAACACCAUAUAGUCUAGUAGCUCGAUUAAAUUAUUAUUUCAUCUCAAAAUAUAAGAAAGGUGAAGUGUCAAUUGAUCGUGAUUAAGAAAGGAAUUUCCGGUCAAGUUGUCGCGCGCUCUUUUCUGCCUCUCUUUUCUCGCUCUCGCUCAUUUUUUUCUACCUCUCACGGUUAGUGCGAUAAGAUAAUGAAGAUUUUUGAGUCUCUAUUGUGGUUAAUUUUUUUUGUCUCUCUCUAUUAAGUCAUUUCCCAACUGCCGUGUGCUUCGUGAUAAGUAGUAAAAGAUAAGAAGUAAAACUAAUUGAAUAUUUCAUUGAGUGGAAUAAAUGGUAAAACCAUGUUAGACUAUUUGUCUUCCUUUCGACUACCUACCAUGAAGUUUAUGAAUGAAAAUUAUAUAUCAUGCUACAUAUAGGAUUUAACCUACAUACCUACUUAUCCUUUAAGUCUUUAAAGCUCCUAAAGCUGAAAUUAAAAUUAUAUUUUUUUUUUAAUUUUUCUUUUUAUUUUAGAAUAAACUUUAUAACAGAAAAACCUCCUAAAAAUCCAAAAGUGUACCCAUUUUAGUGUAUUUUGUGAAAGUCAACCCAAUACAGCAAGAACUUGUUUAUAUCGUCACAGUGUGCAAUAUAUAUGAAGGUACAUAAGGUGCGAGACUUUAGGCCAGUGUGUUGAAGCCAAACCCCAACUUUUCGGAAACUCCAAAUCCAUCAGUUUUGAGAGUCAUGUUUCCAAAGACGCACAUAGACUUGUUGUGAGACUGUGUUUAUCUUCUCAAUACAAGAAGGUGGUAGUUAAAAAGAAACUCCGCGCGUUGUGUGAAAUGCUAACAAGAGGAAAAAAAUAUAGUGCCACUAUCUUUUAAACCCCAAUAUAUAUACGACAUAUUUCCUGUUGCACCGCACCGUGUGAAGAGGAACAUACCUCUCUUACAUUAUUUAAAAGAUUUUUGGUGAAAGGAUUUCCACGAAUUUUUUUUUUUGUUGAAACAAACACACCCAAGAGAAUGUUUGUGAGGUGAAAGGGUGGCAAUGAUGAUGGAACAUCAUCCAUGAUCUUGGUGCGUGUUGUGUGAUUUUAAAAAUAAACUGUGCUGCAGCAUAAUACAUAAAUAUAGCUUGCCCAGGAAGCAAAAUAUGGGAUUUUCAUCUGCACUUCAGGGUAGGGUAGCCCAUGAGGCGCUACUCCUACGUCUGGAUGCUGAACUUCGUCUCAUGGAUGCCAUGAAGAGGUGCAUAAACCAAAAAGCAAAAUGUGACAAGGAUUACGCAAUUGCCCUAGCACAAGUUGCCCAACAAGGUCUCAAAGUUGACCGAGCCGACGAUCUGCACGGGAGCCUCAUAACAAAAGCCUGGCGCACAGUAAUGGAAGAAUUGGAACAGACGGCAAAACAUAUUAAAUGCAAUGCUGAAUUCUUGGAACUUCUGUGUCAGGAUAAAUUGACUCAAUUGUACCAAGACAAGAGGAAGGCGCGUAAAUCCUAUCAAGAGGAACACAGUCGAAUUACAUCCAAAUUCAAUCAUCUCACGGAAGAGGUGGCAAAGAAGAAGACAGAAUACCAAAAGCACUUGGAGUACUACAAAAGUCUACGGUCGAGAUUUGAGGAGCAUAUUUUUAAACCCGGAAGAUCAGGGAGAAAAUUGGACGAUGUGAGAGACAAGUAUCAGAAGACGUGUAGAAAAUUGCAUUUAGCACACAAUGAAUACGUAUUGCUUAUCACCGAAGCCGUAGAAGUGGAACAAGAUUUUAGGACAGUUCUUCUACCUGGUCUUUUGGAGCAUCAACAAUCACUUCAAGAAGGCUUCAUUCAGACAUGGAAGAAUAUUUUGCAAGAAGCGUGUCAGUAUAGUGAUUUUACAUCGGAUAAAUUUAAAGACAUACAAAAACGUAUUGAACACAGUAUUGUUAAUGUCAAUCCAGCUGAAGAGUACAGGGAGUUUACGGAAAAGCACAAAACAUCACCAGCAAAUCCAAUCGUCUUCCAAUUCGAUGAGACAUUGCACGAUGACAAACUAGGUAAACUACAACCUAAUACAUUAACAGUGGACAAUUUAACGGUGGAUUGGCUACGAUCGCGUUUAAGUGAUCUUGAAAAUUCCGCCAAAGAAACGCAAGAGAAACAAAUUAAAUUGGCAGCUGAAUCUGGCACACAGACCCCAACAAUGCCCUCAAAUAAUGGUAUCAAUGGAAUUGGCAAAGAUGCAAACAAGUACUCGAAAGAAAUCAUUGCACUGCGUUGUCAGGAGAAGCAAACACUCAAAUUGGUGGAAAUGAUAAAGACAGCACUGAAUGAUUUGGGGUGCGAGGAACUCCCAUCGGGAUGUGAUGACAUUUCAGUGGAGCAGAAUUUCAUUGACACCACAAAUGUUGAUCAACCAGUAGCAUCAGGUACAUCGUCAUACAUUCUACAAAAAGGUGCUGAAGUCAUGACCCUCAUUAGUGCACCAUUCAGACGAAAAUCCCAACCACUGCCAACACCUGAGAGAACACCGUGCUCCACGCGAGCCUCCCUUGCAGCACGAUCGCUAAGUAGCUUAGCAUCAUCAUCGGUAAAUAGUUUACCAAUGCGAGAUCCGCUCUGUGGUGAUUUUGCUGUUAAUGUUGUAACUGACAAUAUCUAUGUUGAUGUUGAUACUAACCAACACGUGAGAACAAAUCCAGAAAACACCUUCACACUACACUUUGCCACGGUAAUGGGGGAAGAACACGAUGAGAGCGAAACCACGCAGAUUAACAUUGAAAUUGACGAUUGGGAAGCAUUCCCAGAAGAUCACCGUGCACAAUCAACAAUUGUUGGCCAAUACAAUUACAAUGCACCGCAAGCAGGUGAAGUGCAGCAUGUUGGUGCUUCUUGUGCAGAAAAAUCAACUGAUUAUGAAAGAACCGCAAUUGAUCUUCCUCAGCAGAAAAGCAUUGAUGUGAAAAUUGAUGAUCAACUUGCAAAAUCAAGUAGAUCGCGAUUCUUUUUUCGCAGUGAAGAAGCAGCAGAGAAGGAUUUGAGCUUGGGCGGUUCACACAAGAAGAAUUUGGGUGAUUUCUUGCAUUUUGAUGAUCUCAUGCGUGAUUUUGAUAUAAACACUGCGUUCAAAAAUAUAACCAAAGAGAAGAAAAAAGUUGAUAAAAUAAACCAAAAUGAUUCUCAGCCGGGAAGUACAUCAUUCGGGGAAGAUGUGAGUGAGAUGAAGAAAGGAAAAUUAACAUCACUCUUCACAUCAUUUCGAAAUAAUCCCAAACAACACGCUGCUGGGGAAAUUCCCUCCAAUAGUGAAAGUGCAAGUUCUGCUGCAUGUAAUUUGGAAGUUAUCGACGAAGCAACCAAUUCCAUUGCAUCCAGCAAUGAUGAACAACCCAGCAAGGGACAAGUGCGCACUGAAGAUUACUUGGAACCAAUCAAUCACACCACACAGACGACAACUAAUAAAAAUUCAAAAUUCAAUAAAAGUAAAUUUCGCUACAAUAUCAAGUCCAAGUUCAAAUUCAAUCUACCAACGAAGGGCAAGAAAGCCCCACCGGACAUUUGUCAGCACUGCCUGAAACGAAUUGGCAAGAUUAAGGAGCUCUCUCGGGCAGAAAAUAAUUUAAUGUGUAAUUGCGAUGCUUCACUGCUCGACACCACCCAAAACAUACAAAAUCACUUUUAUACAGAAAUCGAUUGCAUGACUUUGGCCACGAAUCGACCACUGUAUGAGGAAGAAUGGUUCCACGGUGUCCUACCACGUGAGGAAGUUGUUCGUCUGCUAAAGACCGAAGGGGAUUUCCUUGUGCGUGAAACAAUAAGGAAUGAAGAGAGUCAAAUUGUCCUGAGUGUCUGCUGGAAUGGGCAUAAGCACUUCAUUGUGCAAACAACUGCUGAGGGAUAUUUUCGCUUUGAAGGGCGCUCCUUUCCCAGCAUACAGGAACUCAUAAUGUAUCAGUACACAUCAGAGGCGACAGUCACCCAGAGAUCUGGAGCAAUACUCAGGAAGCCUGUACUGCGAGAACGAUGGGAGCUGAGCAAUGAUGACGUGGUGUUGCUGGAUAAAAUUGGACGUGGAAACUUUGGGGAUGUCUACAAGGCAAAGUUGAAGCCAUCAAAGAAGGAUGUGGCCGUGAAGACGUGUCGUAUGACCCUGCCGGAGGAGCAAAAAAGGAAAUUCCUACAAGAAGGACGAAUCCUCAAGCAGUACGAUCAUCCAAAUAUUGUCAAACUCAUUGGGAUUUGUGUGCAGAAGCAACCAAUUAUGAUUGUCAUGGAAUUAGUACCAGGAGGAUCCCUUUUGAAUUUUCUGCGGAAGCAUAAGACAACACUAACGUCGAAACAACUCAUUUGUAUGUGUAGAGAUGCUGCAGCUGGGAUGAGGUAUCUUGAAUCAAAGAAUUGCAUCCACAGGGAUUUAGCUGCGAGAAAUUGCCUAAUUGGAUAUGAAAAUACCGUGAAAAUCUCUGAUUUUGGGAUGUCACGCGAAGAAGAAGAAUACAUAGUUUCCGAUGGAAUGAAGCAAAUCCCUAUCAAAUGGACCGCUCCGGAGGCACUAAACUUCGGCAAGUACACCUCCCUGUGCGAUGUAUGGUCCUAUGGGAUCCUCAUGUGGGAGAUCUUUUCAAAAGGCGAUACCCCCUACUCGGGAAUGAGCAAUGCCCGGGCCAGAGAAAGGAUUGAUGCAGGCUACCGAAUGCCCGCUCCGGAGCAAACUCCCCCCGAAAUGUAUAGACUGAUGCUGAGAUGCUGGUCAUACGAACCAGAAGCCCGUCCGCAUUUUGAUGAAAUCUACUCCAUCGUGGAGAAUAGCUGCUGAGGAUUGGCAUUGUGGGUGGGAAUAGACAAGAGGUGCCAAUAUUUUUCUGUGAAAAUGGAUCUCCCCAGCGCAUAGAUCAUCUCUCCCCCAACUCUUUGGAGUUUCACAAUUUUUAUUAAAAUUAUUUUAAGUUUUUAAGACAAGCCUAUGUAAUAGUUUCUGUUUUUUAAUCUAACUAAGGAGCAAAGAAUAUGCCUCAAUAUCGUGCCUUCUCCGAAGUGAAUGCAUUAAAAUUUAUCAUGUUAUUAUAAAUAAAAUUUUAAGUGAAAAGAAAUUGACUCAAAUUGUCCGAGAACUGACAUUAUUUAUCAUAAAAAUUUUUCAGUAUUUAUAUAAAAAUUUAUACAAAAAAUACAAUUUCGUGGAAAAUAAAUUUUCUUCCUUAUAA